AUGGAGUCGGAUGAGGACUUUAUGAGUGUCGGGUCGAGCCCGGAUGAUUUCCUGGAUACCCAAGGAAGUGAUGUCGAGAGUCUUGGGGAAGACUUCGGUGACGAUUUCGAUGGCGGAUUCUCUAAAGAUAAGGAUAUCAUCGCGACGAAACGAAAGCCUUAUGAGGUUGAGUUUACUGUUUUGAGCCCGGAGGACAUCGAUCGUGAACAGAACUUGCAGAUUAAUGAGGUCUCCUCGAUCCUUGGGCUGCCCCCAGAGUCGUCGGCUAUUCUGCUGCGCUAUGGACGAUGGAAUCGGGAGAAGUUGAUCGAGUCAUACAUGGACCAUCCCGAGAAGACGCUGGAGGAGGCAGGCCUCGGCACCAACUUUGAUGGAACGCCAAAGACUGAAGUGAUACCAGGUUUCGUGUGCGACAUCUGCUGCGAGGACGGCGACGACCUUGAGACAUAUGCCAUGCGUUGCGGGCACCGCUUCUGUGUGGAUUGCUAUCGUCAUUAUCUGAGACAGAAGAUCCGGGAGGAGGGUGAAGCAGCGAGGAUAGAAUGCCCGAGUGAUAGCUGCAAUAUGAUUGUGGACUCGAAGUCAUUAGGUCUUUUGGUGACAAACGAUCUUAAGGAGAGAUACCACGCGCUUCUUACACGAACAUACGUCGAUGAUAAAGACAACCUCAAAUGGUGCCCGGCGCCCAACUGUGAAUACGCGGUCGACUGCCCUAUAAAGCAGCGUGAUCUUCGUCGUGUCGUACCCACUGUACAGUGCGACUCACCCUGCAUGCUGGUGAAAAUGUGGCUCAAGAAGUGCGAAGACGAUUCCGAGACGGCGAACUGGAUCUCUGCCAACACCAAGGAGUGUCCCCGAUGCCACUCAACGAUCGAAAAGAAUGGUGGAUGCAACCACAUGACGUGUCGCAAGUGCAAGCACGAAUUUUGCUGGAUGUGCAUGGGACUGUGGUCUGAACACGGCACUAGCUGGUAUAACUGCAACCGCUACGAGGAGAAAUCUGGAUCAGAUGCCCGAAGUGCGCAGGCGCGAUCCCGGGCGUCGCUGGAGCGAUAUCUCCACUACUAUAACCGCUAUGCCAACCAUGAACAGUCCGCCAAGCUGGACAAAGAUUUGUAUCUUAAGACGGAGAAGAAGAUGACGAGCCUGCAGUCGCAGUCUGGACUCUCAUGGAUCGAGGUGCAGUUCCUCGAUACCGCAUCGCAGGCACUACAGCAAUGUCGCCAGACGCUGAAGUGGACAUAUGCCUUUGCCUACUACCUCGCCCGCAACAAUUUGACGGAGAUCUUCGAGGACAACCAGAAGGAUCUGGAAAUGGCGGUGGAAAGCCUGAGUGAGAUGUUCGAAAAGCCCGUACCGGAGCUGGCGAACUUGAAGGUCGACAUCUUGGACAAGACGGCGUACUGUAACAAGCGUCGGGUGAUCCUCCUCAGCGAUACUGCAGAGAACUUGAAAAACGGGGAAUGGUCCUUCAACGUGGAAUGGUAG